GCCAGUAGCGCCCGGCUCCGCCCGUCCGCCCCGGCGACUACAGAGCCGCUCGUUAGAGGCUGAGUUGGCUCUCUGAGCUGCCGAGAAUCACCGCCCUGAUCGGAAAGCAGCGGCGAGGGAGCCAGUGUGCCGGUGGUUUGCGCCGAACUUUGGUCGUGGGCACGGUGCAGAGCGCAGCGCGGCGGUGUGGGCCCAUAUGGCCGGAUAAGUGGUUAUCGAUCGGUGCACUGGCGACGGUCACAUACACAGGACACUGCAGUGAGCCGAGCGGUCACCAUGCUGGCCACACGAGGAUCCCGCAGGAAACUGGAGAUCCACGCCGAUAUGGUGUCCAGAUCCAAAGUUCAGGAGACGGACGGCUCGUUUUUCGAGGCGUUUGCGUCGUUGCCAUGGCGACAGGAGAACCGCCGGAUGCAGAGUCUAAAGGAAGAGGAGGAGCAGAAGGACCGUCCGCCACCCAGCGAGGCGGCCGCCGGCCUCCAGCCAAAGAGGGUCGUGGUCAGCCAGCAGGAGCGUGAGAACCUGUACGUGGAGGUGCUGUACACGGUGAAGCACAAGGUGGGGGCGACCACGUCUGAGCACUCGUCGCUGGUGGACGAGCUGAACGACUACACGCAGGAGGCGUUCCACUUCUCCCGGGACGAGCACCAGAGGAUGAUGACCAUCGCCAGUGAUGAGAAGCCGCCCAUAGUCAUCCUGAACCUGGUAGUGGUCGAGGCGAGCGGUCUCGAGGCCAAGGAUGCUGAUGGGUUCAGUGACCCGUACUGUAUGCUGGGUAUCGUGCCCGGCGCCGUGUCGGGAGGUGACCGGUCCACCCCGCCUGGGUCUCCGCGGGUCAGCCGGUCGUCUCACGCGCCUCCAGCAGAGGAAGACGGGGAGGAGCGGCAGCUCAACACACACGCCGACAAACUGAGGAAACACCACAGCUUUCGUCUGAGCUUCAAGCGGAAGCCCGAGUCCCGUCCUUCGGUCGUGUCGUCACCGUCAUCGGCAGGAUCGGGCGGCGGCGGCGGCGGCUGCGGCAGGGAGGGACACCGGGACAGCCUGAGUCACGCGGUGCCGGCUAAAUUCAUCAGAGCGACCACCGUCAAACCCAACACACUGGAUCCGCGCUGGGAGGAGAAAUUCCGACUGGACAUCGACGACGUCUCUUCCGACGUGCUUCAUCUAGACAUUUGGGACCACGAUGACGAGACGUCCGUUCUGGACGCGGUCAGCAAGCUGAAUGAGGUCAAAGGUGUGCGCGGCAUGGCGCGCUUCUUCAAACAGGUGGCGCAGUCGGCCCGCUCCGGGUCGGGGGGUCAGGAUGACUUCCUCGGCUGUGUCAACAUCAGUCUGCAGGACAUCCCCUCGACCGGUCUAGACCAGUGGUUCACCCUGGAGGGACGCACCUCCAAAUCGGCCGUCCAGGGACGCAUCAGGCUGAAAAUGUGGCUCUCCACUCGCGAGGACAGGGGUGUUUCGGAGGAGGACACUUGGUCAGAAGUCAUCCAGCAGCAGAAACUCUUCGAACUGUUCGUCAAACACGAACUGUCCAAGUACAGAGGCCCGUCGUACCGGUGGAGCGGUGAGCUGCCCACCCCGGCCACCACCAUACUCCACCAGCACGCCGUCCAGGGUGACCUCACCGAGCUGCAACAGGCGGUCUGUCGCUGGAUCGCCUACGCCGAGCAGCAUCAGGAAACCUCCCUCGACUACCGCCUGCUGCUCAAGAUCCUCAAACAGCUCAACGACAAAUUCACACAGGACGCGCUCACAUAUGAAGAGCAAGAGUCGCUGGCGGAGUCGUUCAAAACGACACUGGCACACUGCUUCGCCGUGCUGAGAAAACUGAGGAAGCUGUUCCCGGCCGGAAACAAGGAAGCUCACAGGAAGCUCGACAGCCUGCUCAAAUUCCUGGCUGCGUUCUCCGGGAUGGAGAUUUUCCGGCGUGUACUUGCCUUUCCAGAAGGAAAUUCGCAGCGAAAUCAUUCAGACGGUGAAAAAGGGCUGCGUGGAAUGGUACGGCCGUCUGCGUGAACAGCAGCAGCUGGACCCCAGCGGAGACGAUGCGGCCGUGCUCCAGUCGCUCAUCAAACUGGUCAACGAGGUGUGCUCGCACUGCUUCCAGGCCUACAACCACCACAACCAGCUCUUUAUGCAGUAAGUGAACCAUGGGGUGUGCUCGCACUGCUUCCAGGCCUACAACCACCACAACCAGCUCUUCAUGCAGUAAGUGAACCAUGGGG